ACAGCAAGAGGCAACCAUGGCGCUUAGCAAACCGAUGGAGAUGAUGGCGGCUGCCACCGCCGCAGGAUGUGGCGGCUUCCUGUCUACGAGCAUUCUUUACCCGCUAGAUACGCUGAAAACGCGCAUUCAGUCGGGAGCGUCGCUGCUUCCACAGGACGAGGAUGUCGACGCAGCGGCACCCAAGAAAAACAAGCAGGUGGCCCUCAUCAAGUCUCUGUACAAGGGCAUCCAGUACAAGGCGUUGGAGUCUUCAACCUCCAAGUUCCUAUACUUCUAUGCAUACACGAUGUUGGCGCAGAUGGUUGCGCCCAAGGAUGGCAAGCCCAUCGGUACGAUCACAGACUUGGGCAUUGGCUACCUGAGCGAAUUGUGUCAUCUACCCAUCACGAUGCCCAUGGAGCUUGUGGGCACGCGCAUGCAGACCGGCUCGGAGUCUGGCAGUAUUCUGCAGAUCCUUCGCUCGAUUGUCAAGGAGAGCGGCAUUGGAGGGCUGUACAAGGGGCUGGGAGCCUACUUUGUGUUGUGUCUGCAACCGGCAAUCCAGUACACGGUGUUUGAGCGGCUCAAGGGUGUCUAUCUGCGCAAAUUCAAGCAGGCAUCACAGGCACUUGGAGCAUUGGAGGCGUUCGUGCUAGGAGCUAUUGCGCGGUCCAUCGCUACACUCGUGUUGUUCCCGUACAUCCGCGCCAAGGUACUGAUGCAGUCCAACAAGAAGAAACUAUCAACUGCGGCUGAUCAGGAGCAGGGCCAGUCGAACACGUGCGCCGAACCCAAGAAGGAUACCAUCGCGUCGACUCUGCAGCGCGUGUACACGGAGGAGGGCCCGCUGGCGCUCUACCGUGGCCUUGGGCCGGAACUCACCAGGGGUGCGCUCUCGUCCGCGCUGAUGCUCAUGAUCAAGGAGAAGAUCCAAAUGUACAUCACGCUGCUCAUGAUUAUCGUCAACUCGGCGUAGACUGCAAGGAAGCUGCUGCCACUAUACAGGAGACCUUCACUCACAAAUGAUACUACUGACCUCUGCGAAAAACUGUUUAGCUCGUCAGCGUGAAUACUGUUUGUGGUUUUUCGCAGAGCGCGUAACCCGAUAUACGGGUUACGCGCGAAGUUCGUCAGCGUGAACGUCGAAUGUAAAAGCGAUUCCCGACUUCCAGGUGUAUGUAUGACCAGUGGUUCUUGACCACAAACGUAGUGUACGGUGGACUGGGUCAAAGUGGGCUUCACUGGGCUCAGCCCAGUGAGCUCCACAAUGUAGUCCACCAGCAUCCAUUUCUACUUGACUUGUGCCUAGCAGAAACGCGGCUUUCUCCGUGUUUAACAGACAGAUCACAAAAAGGCACAAGUCCAGGAUCCGAUGUGCCAACAACAACUGCACGCUGCGUUGGACGUCGUGCAAAUUGUACGCGUCACGCCGAAAGACUGUCGCGUCGAGCGAUGCCUACAGUUUACGGCACAGAAUCCUAUGCUUAUUAUGGCCUUCACUUUCGAGCACCUGUGCGGAGCGUAAACGUGUAGGGAUUUUCCCUGUGUGCAGACCAUUGGACAACAGCUCGUAGAUUCGAGUCGAUGGCCUUCGUAGCCCUUCACCACCCUUCAGGGUGGAUAUCCGGAAAUACAAAUGAGUA